UUGACGGGUUACAGCUUCUGGACACUAAAUGUAAAUGUUUGUGUUUGUCGAGCAGACGGUGUCCGACUCGGAGUGCAGCGUGAUCCAGUCGAGGAUCGCAAUGAUGAAGCGGCUGCUGGAGAAUCAGCAGUUAGUGACUGAAAUUACAGAACAAGCCAGAAAAACCAACGACCUGUCGACCCUGCAGACCUUCAAAGCUCAGAUUGAGUCUCAUCUGAAGGACUUCCCUGAUCAGGACGUGUCCCCUCCUGAGACCAUGUCUGUGCUCAGCGUCGUCACUGACAAACCGUCUAUGGAGGCCGUUUUGAACUUCGGUAAACUUGAAGUGAAGUGGGUCCCUUUCUCCGUCUCACAAACCUCCAAUCAGAGCGCUCCAGCUGCCGCCUCCUCCUCCUCUCAGACCUCCACCUGUCCUGCUCCCCCCUCCAGACCCCUCCUCCAGACCAGGACCAGUCUAGAUCUACCGGCCUCACUUUGCUCCCCAGUUUUGGUCCAGUGUUCCUCUACUUCGUCCAAGCCCUCGUCCAAUCAGCUUGGUCUUCUGUCCUCCUCCAGCCAGAGAGUUAACCAACCCAACGCUCCCGCGAUGACGACCGAUGCAGCUAACGGUCCAACCGUCCAGCAUCCGUGCUCGCUGUCUCGCCUGCAGGGCCAAACUCAGGUGUUUGUGCCUGUUUCCAAAACGGUGAAAUUGAACCCCGUCAGCAUCCUCAUGCCGCCCACCGCAGGUCAGUCCCUCAACGUUUCGAACGCACUGUCCGCCCCCUCAGAAACGGCCCGCCACCACCGCCCUGCUGAACAAGAAUCAGACUUUGUACCAGGUGUCCUUCUCCCUGCCGUCCGUCGUGCCUCAGCUGCUGCUCAGAAACAACGGACCGAGUCACGCGGCGCCGCCGAGCCAACAACAACCUCUGAGGGAUCGAACAAGUCAACCAUUCAGCUGUGCGCCGUCCUCCGACCAGCCUCUCACCGCCGGUUCUACCAACGGUUCUACCGCCGGUUCUACCGACGUGCCGAGUCAUUUACAGCACAAACAACCUUUAGAGCCGGUGGGAUGUUUACGGUCCUCACACACCCAGAAAUCAGCCCUGUUCCUUCUUCUCUGAAACUCCAGCAGCAGAACCCCGUGGUGCGGGCGGUGGCGGACUCUCCUGUGAUCGCAAACCUGAAGGACUGGACAAAGAAACUGAAAAAUCUGCACCUGUAUCCGGGAGUGAAGCUGAAGAGAGACGCUGAGGAACCUGAACUAUCCGACAGAGACGCUGAGGAACCUGAACUAUCCGACAGAGACGCUGAGGAACCUGAACUAUCCGACAGAGACGCUGAGGAACCUGAACUAUCCGACAGAGACGCUGAGGAACCUGAACUAUCCGACAGAGACGCUGAGGAACCUGAACUAUCCGACAGAGACGCUGAGGAACCUGAACUAUCCGACAGAGACGCUGAGGAACCUGAACUAUCCGACAGAGACGCUGAGGAACCUGAACUAUCCGACAGAGACGCUGAGGAACCUGAACUGUCCGACACAGAGUCUGAAGCAGCUUACUUCGGCUGCAGUCCAGGUCCUCUGCAGCCCCGCGUGUCUCUGUUCAGGCUGCCGGUGUCUCCGCCUCGCCCCGGCAGCACUCACCCUGGUUUUCGGCUGGUCCCCGGUGACGCAGAGGAUGAGAUUUACCUGGAAGAGAUGAGCGAGGACUCUCAGUCCAACGCCGAUGAUGUCACAGACGACAACGCCGAGAUGCCGCCGUCGUCGCCGGAGUCUCCUGUGGUUCUGACGAUGGUCACCUGCUCCGCCUGUCGAUCAGCCUGCGGCUCCAUCGUGUGUACGGCCUGCGGUCGAGGAUACCACCGAGACUGUCACGUUCCUCCGAUCAGACCUGAAAUAUGGUCAGAGUGGAUCUGCUCUCUGUGUCAGGACCUGACGGACCCCUCGGACCCCUUCAGCUCCGACAGACCGCAGAGGCCUCGGAGCCUCAGCCUACCGGACCAGAGGAGGUGCGAGAGUCUCCUGCUGCAGCUGAAGGUCGAAGGCUGCGCUCGACUGUCUCAGUCUCAGGUGAUGUUGAUGUCGGAGCGUCUGAUUGGCGUUUCUCCUUCGUAUCAAACGGCUGAAGACUUUAUCUCCGACGUCUGGAAUCUGUUCAAAGACGCCUCACAGGACGACGUCGAUCUGAACAAACUGCAGCAGAGUCUUUGGAGCCGGUGGACGAAAAGUUUAGAGCUUCUCCCAUCAGGCAGCAGAGACACUGAUGACGUCAGACGUUUGUCCAGCUCCAACGCGUCCGACACACGAGGGACCGCGAAGGGGUCAGAGGUCAAAUCAAAGGAGCCGAAGGUGACCAGCAGAGAGUCCAAACUGAAGGAGACGAAAAAGAGGCUGAAAGACUUUCUGGACCAGAGGGACACGCCCCAGUCAAAGAGGACGAAGACGGACGACUGCUCCUGCGAGGGGACGACCACAAGCGUGACAUCAUCGAAGAGAGAAUUCUGGGAGUUCAAACAGAGUUGAAAGUGUUUCCUGUCACAUGGUGCUGCAGAGUCUGACGUCGUUUAUGUACGUCUCUAUUUUUCGUCGAUACUCAGAGUUUUGUUGUAAACUUCAUUUUUUUUGAAGGAGUUGUUGUCCGUAAGGAUUUCUGAUCAUAUUUAUGAUUUAACACAUAUUUCUGUUUCAGGGACUGUUCUUUAUUUAUCGGAGGAGAGGGGUGACUUUUUUCAACAUUUUAAUUCGACCCUUCCUUAAAGCUGCAAAUGUUUUCCUCGAGCCUCCCCGUGACUGCUGGAAAACGCUUGUUUUUGUUUGUGCAGACGGAUUAUAUUUGGCCAAAUUUAAAAUUUUAAGCUCAGUUUUGCUUGUUUUUUUUUCUGAUGGAAGAAAUUGUGGCACUUGAUGUUUCCAAGGACCACUGAAAAUCUAAAAAAUCCAACAAUAAUUUCUGUUUUUACUAGUGCUGGGCCGUUAACGCGCGAUAAGGAAAUU